UAUAGUAACAUGCAUAUGCUGUCCUUUCCAGGUCAUGUACGCGAGGGCUGUUUGGAAGGAGGGUGAACAAGAGGAGGAGGGUGUAGUUCCUGACAAUUGGAUCGACAGGAACAAGAGAACCCUUAGAUGGCCACAUAAUAUGAGCGCCACAAAAACGGAAAGAGCUCUAAGGGACAAAAUUAACCCCCAGGAUGACUGGAUAACGUUCCCAUUAAUCAAAAUAAAAAUGACUUCAGCUAAGCGUUGUGAAUGCAACAACUACAACCUGACCAGUCAGGCAGAGGACGAGGAGGAGGAGGAUGAUGAUGAUGAGGUGAUGAUUAGAUCGACGAGAAAACGCACUAAAAAAGGACCUCCGGAUGGUUUUGUAAGAAACGAAUUAACAGAUUCAGAUGAGGUGGAGAACGUUGGGGGUGACAAUCUGCCCAAAUGCCCUACUGCACCAAGGAAGCUGCAGUCCAUUCAGGACCCCAACAUGAUGCACGCUGCUUACUCUGGACAUCGAGCCUCGUCUCACCCAGUGAAGCCUGCCGACAGAUCUCGGGGCAGGGAGAUGACCACUCCACACUUUCAAGAUGCAAGCACAGCACUUCGGCGCAGAGACCUGUCGUUACUCAGAUCUCGACAUGCAACAAGAGGUUGUGCCAGGGAUGGAUAUCGCUCCAGGGCCAGCGGUGGAUCCAGCAUCAGGUCCAAACACAGCGAUGUCUCCAGGUCCAGGUCCAGGUCCAGGUCCAAGUCCUGGCACAGUGAUGGUUCGAGGCACACCGCCAAGUCCAGACAUGAAGUGUCAAGGCACAGUGACUGCUCCAGCCCCGCUGCCAGGUCCAGACAUGACAGGUCACGCAAUAGUGAUCCCUCCAGAACCCCUGCCAGGUCCAGACAUAAUGAAAGAUCACAGCACAGUGAUCUCACCAGCCCCCCCCCCUAUGACAGGCCAAGGCAUGAUGCAGUGACCGAGAAUGGAAGAUGGACAUUCCCAUUGCCUUGGGAUGUAUACCAGAAAAAGGUCUUAAACAUGUUGGUCGACCUCCGUAAUCUCCAUAAACAAGCACAACCUGCCUCUUCUGCCUUGCACAUUGAGAGGAUGGAGCCCAUGGAGGAUUUUGAGAGAGUGGAGCAAGACCUCUGUGAUGCACAAGCCUUUGAUACCCUGGUGCUGCAAAUUGCAAGAAUCGGAGGGAAGAACACCAAAGUCCUUGACAGGUAUGUUCCUACAUAG